CUGUAUUCUGUUAUACGGAGUACAAGCAGUCUCUCUGUGUUCUCUCAGUUCCACACUAGUCUCGACAACAUGUACAGCUUCUACUGCAGGUAUCGUUUCACAAUAUUUAUUCAUACUUGUGAUCACUGUCCCAAGGGUAUAACAUGAUGGAGAAGAAUCUACUUGUACCUAUCAGAAGUCAUGAUGUGAUCCAAGUUGGAAAAUCAGUAUACAGUGACCUCGAAGACAGCAAAUGCAUAAGAUCUGUAACCCGGGAUUUAUUCGACGUAUUUUAAAUGAAAAUGUGGUGAAGUUAGAAUUAUAUUUUUCCCAAAACGAUAAUCUUAUAUCCAUCAGUUAGUAGAACAUUUUGUAUUCAAUAGCCAAUAUCGGAUUUUAUAUGAAAAACUCGAGGAACAUGGACAUAAUAGUAACACAACAACUACUGCCGUGGAAUAUACCACAACACGUAAUUAAUUUUCAUUUUUGCGGAAUGCUGAACGAAAUACGUAGAAAAUAUUUAGCAAAUCAAUAAUAUUCAUGUUACUAGAAGGUAGAAAAUAACAAUCUUGAUUGAAAUAACAAUGGUCAUUUGUCCUUACUGAUAAAUUGAUGACUAUAAAUAUUUUAUUUGCACGUGUUCUUUAAAGACAGAGCUCGUAAGUUUUCUUUUGUGUUGAAACUAGAUUACUUUCGUAGUGAGGAAUGAACCUCUGCAUAUACCCUGCCUUAUGUGAAUUUCACAUAUAUAUUUUAAACUGAGGACUUACAGAAGUUGAACUCACUUAUUAGCUACUCGAACGUGAGUGAACGGGAGUAGUUCGAGUACGUCUGCCAGUCGUGUUUCUUGACGCGAUUAUGAUAAAGUUAAAUAUGUAAGAACAUGACCAAUAGAGAGAAAGAUUUGAAGUUACUUCUUAAUUGCUGUGAAUAUUUUUAAUUACACCGCCUGAGCUUUUGAUUGUCAUAAAAAUAAUGUCAACAUUUUCUGUCACGGCUUAGAAGAGUGUACAACCAGAAGAGUCGUAACUCCUCCAAUGGAGCUGACGUUUAGUAACACCGUCGUCAUUGUUGUUUUGUCUGUGGUAAUCCUCCUUACUUUGGUAGGGAAUAUGCUAGUAAUUGCUGCCGUUGCGACGACACGAAGGAUGCGAACAGUUACUAAUUACUUUGUGGUGUCCUUAGCUGUGUCUGACUUACUAGUGGGGUUUCUAGUGAUGCCUUUUGGUGUAAUGCAGGAAGUGGCUCAUCGUUGGCAACUAGGAAGAAUCGCCUGCGAGUUCUGGAUAUCUUUAGAUGUCUUAUUAUGUACAGCGUCUAUCUUAAAUUUGUGCUGUAUCAGCUUGGAUCGCUACUUUGCUAUCACUUCUCCCAUGAGUUACGUUGUAAAACGGAACUCAAAGUUGGCAGUCGUUAUGAUCGCAGGUGUGUGGGUUUUGUCAGCCCUUAUUACCUGCCCGCCCAUCUUUGGCUGGCACGAAUCCGAUAGGGAAAAUUCUUCAGGGUGUGGGUAUAACACAAACGUUGGAUACGUAGUAUACUCGGCUUUAGGGUCCUUCUUUAUACCAGCUUUUGUUAUGUUGUAUGUUUACUACAGGAUUUUUGCAGCAGCUAGGAAACGAGAGUCGGUUCUUACGAGUGGUGUCAGCAUAAAAAAAAAAAUAGACGACGGUCAACAGGGUAAUUCUUCCUGUCACAGCAGUGUUGGGGACCACACGAGCUCCAGUCUGGAAAGAUCCAGAUCGCACAGAAAUACGGAUCCCGCUGUGCGGAUUGACAUUAGUCCAGUUUCCAUAGAUCAAGAAGCAGGAUUGGGAAAAACGAAUGACAAGGGCUCCGACAAAAUUCAAAAUUUAACCUUAGCCCCUUCAAUUUCUCGUAUUCCUUCUGUGCGAGCUACAUUGAUAUUGGAAAAAAGCUGUGAUAGCGAUAGAGGAUUAAUCAGAACAUAUUCGUCCAAUGAAUCUCGGGAAACGUCUUUCAGUAGCACUGCCUUCUGCCGUGGUUUAAAAAUUCAAAAAGAUACGUGGACACGUAGACAAGGUUACGAAAAAGCUGCUUUUCAGAGAGAAAGGAGAGUGGCGAAGUCCUUAUCUGUAGUGGUUGGAGGUUUUGUUUUAUGCUGGCUUCCCUUUUUCAUUUUAUACAUCAUCAGACCUUUCUGUACGUAUGAAAUUCCUCAAGAGUUAUCAUCGUGUCUUGUGUGGUUGGGCUGGGUCAACUCUGCUAUUAACCCCUUUAUUUAUGCUUUGAACAGUACGGACUAUAAAAAGGCUUUUGCAAGACUGACCAUCGACAAACUUCGGCGACCAACAAGGACAAAUAUUAAGAACUUUAUAUAAAUAAUUUUGCUUUCAAUGUUAUCAGAAGUUGACGUCAUGUCUAGUUUAUAUAUAACAGUGUUUGAAUUUCAACUAAAAUUAAGUGUUGUUGUAAUGUACAUUCUGCAUGUUGUGAAUAAAGAAAGAAGUCCGUACUCUAUUUCACGUUUCAACUUAAAUUACAAUUGAAGGGUUAAAGAAAAGUAUAAAUCACACUUUAAAAUGAAAUGUCUACUUCAGAAAUGGAGCUGAAAGCUUCAUCAAACUUUCCACAUCAACAGAAAUUAUGUAAUUAGCUAUUUUCUAUUUCUAUUUUUUCAUCGA